AUGGGCGCGGUUGCUCUGCAGAGUGCAGAGGCAUGGAUGGAGGCUCGGGGGCUGGCUGAUGGAUGGAUCGCCAGAGUCAGUUUGCUGCGAGCCCGCGAUGAGUGGUGUGCGACAAAGCCGCGAGCUGGACGCAUGUAUGGGCCUACGCUGCCGGUACCUUGCCCUCCGCGGAGUCCCUGCUGGGCUCGCUGGUACCCCGGUACCCAGCCAACGCUUUCCCUGUCUGGACGGCUGAGACCGAGCAGCAGCGGCACGUCAGAUCUGGCUGACCAGACGGCCAGCCUUUUCCCUUUUCCGCCAGUGCUCUCUCUUUGGCUCGCGGUCGCUUUGCCUCGCACGGUUCAGGGUGGAGACCUUGCAGGGCCACCGACCCCAGCGCCCCAGGCGACCAGGGUUGGCCUUCUCAGAGCACCCUGCGCCGCCAUGAUUGGCUGCUUUCUGGCUGCGACCCUGGACAUCCUUGAGGGUGGAGACCUGGGGCAACGACAGGGACGGAACUUUUCUGACGAGAGUCGGCCUCUGAUAGGCCGGAGUCCUGCUCGUCAGAAUCGGGUUUAG